AUGCCGGCGCCGACGGCGAGCGAGCGCGACGCGCGGGCGGCCAAGUCAGGGUACGAUGGGAGCGUGUGUGGGGCGGAUGGUCGUCGAUAUCGCGUCGACGCGGACGCGAAUGCGUAUUACGACGAAAUCGACCGCGCGUUGAACGCGCUGGACGCGCGUACGGACGUCGAGGCGGCGGCGCGCGAGCGCGAGGCGAUCGGAGGGAACGCGCUGGAGGGGGCGGAGGGACAGGAACGCGCGCUGGCGAUGGAUGCGAAGUGUUCGAGGACUUUGGAGGCGUGCGCGCGCGCGGCGAGCGGCGCGGCGUGCGCGACGUUUUUGAAAAAGUGCGGCGAGUCCGUGGACGGGGAUCGAGGUGGGUUUUACGUCCUGGCGAAAUCGUUGUUCGGGUCGAGGACGCUGGAGACGGUGAUGGGGACGCUGCGAGAGCGGCAUUUGAAGACGGAGGACGAGGAGGCGGAGGCGCUCGCGAAGACGCUGCGAGAGGAUUUCAUCGAGAAUAUGGGGCGGGAGAUGGUGGAGAACGCCGUGGACGUGGCGUUCGAUAAGCGUGCGAGUCCGGUCGUGAGACGGUUUCUCGCGCUCUUGGCGGGAAGAGCGGGCGACAAGGGUGGCGCCGACGCGUCGACCGGCGCGCCAAGCGGAAGAAACGGAGGCAAGGCAAGCGACGGGAAGAGCUUGGCCGAUAAGCUUCGUGGUGGGACAUCGUCGGCGGGGAAAUUUUCGGCGUCCUUGAACACGUCUUACAGAUUCGAAGAGGAGCUGCGAAAAUUUUCGGACGCCAUGCUCGCCGCGCUCGAGCCCGAGCUGUGGAAUUUAGUGGAGGACACAUGCGGGAGCGCUUUGCUUCAAGCCCUACUCAAGGCGCACGAGGGCGACGACGAGGCUUUGAACUGGAUCAUUCCGGGGCUCCUCGGAUGCGCGCCGGCGGAGGGGACGAACGAGGGCGAGUUUCUCGUCGACGCGCAGGAAUGGGACGUGAAGAAUAUGAUGCAGUCGCGCUCGGGAUCGCACCUCAUGGAGACCAUCCUGGCCGUCGCUCCGAAAGGGCUGUUCAACGAGAUCUACAGAAGAUUCUUCCGAGAUAAGUUGAUUUCAACGGCCAAGCACCCGGUGUCGAACUUUGUGCUUCAGGCGUUCUUGGGGGCGACGAAGGAUCCGGAGCACGUAUCGAGCUCGCUCAGCGAGCUCUCGCAGGUUUUUGGUACCUUACUCCACGAGAGGCGCUCUGGCGUCGUCGCGGCCACGCUCGCUGCGUGUGCACGACUUAAAACUAGCGAAAAAGACGCCGCCAAGGCUCUCGCUCGAGGUCUGACUCUCAAGAUGGAGGCGAGAAAAGAAGGGCGCUCACAGCUCGCGCCCGCUUUGUUCUGGCUCGACACGCCGAAUUACGGCAAGUGCUCGGUUCUGGGUAGUGCGAUGUUCCAAACCUUGUUCAAAUUCACCUCGGAUUGCAUUCCCAUGUUUUCUGAAAGUAUGGUGAGCAUGACGGACGUCGAAGUGUUCAAGGUGUGCCAAGACAGUGCCGGCUCUCGCGCCGUAGAGGCAUUCCUUGCCUCGACCACCAUCAAAGUCAACCUGAAGAAGGAGUUCAUCGGCAAGCUAAACGGUCGUUGGGCACAGCUCGGUUUAUCUCCCGUCGGCUCGCAUGUUCUCGAGGCGUGCUACCGCGAGGCCGAUGCACGAGGGAAAGAGCUCAUCCUGAGCGGACUCGCGGGACAGGAGGGACCUCUGAACGCGACGCGACACGGUCCGUUCCUCAUGCGUCGACUCGGCGUAACGCAAUUCAAAGCGGCUCCAGAGCAGUGGAAGAACAAACAGAAGACAGCCGACGCGAUGAUGGGCGCGUUCGAGAAGGAGUUUGGAGGCGAAGAGCCAAAGCAAAAGGAGAGUGCGAAGCGAAAGCACAAGGACGUCUCGGAGAAGGAAAAGAAGCCAAAGAAGGAGAAGAAGGAGAAGAAGGUGAAGAAGGAAAAGAGAGAGAAGAAAGAGAAGGGUGCGUGA